UAUGAGGGAUUGAAGCAUGUGAACUGCAAACUGCAGAAACUGAGAUUGAAGGCUUGUAAACUCUCAGCUGCUUGUUGUGGGGAGCUCUCUUCCGCUCUCAGCAACAACCAGUUGCUGACAUAUCUGGACCUGAGAGAUAAUCAACUGGGAGCUCUGGGAGUGCAGCUGCUGUGUGAAGGACUGAAACAGCCAAAUUGCAAACUGCAGAGACUAGUGUUGAGAUUUUGCGGUCUCACAGGCGCUUGCUGUGGGGAUCUCUCCACUGUUCUCAGCAGGAGCCAGAGCCUGACAGACCUUGACCUCAGUUAUAAUUUUUCUCUGGGAGAGGCUGGAGUUCAACUGCUGUGUGAGGGACUGAAACAUCCAAACUGCAAAUUACAGAUGCUGGGGCUGGAGUGGUGCAGACUCUCAGCUGUAUGUUGUGGGUUCCUCUCCUCUGCUCUCAGCACCAGCCAGGCCCUGACAGAGCUGAACCUUUCGGGAGCGAAGCUGGGAGAUUCAGGUGUGCAGGUGUUGUGUGAGGGACUGAGACAUCCCAACUGCAAACUGCAGAAAAUACUGUUGGGGAGUUGCAGCCUCACAGCUGCUUGCUGUGGGGAUCUCGCCACUAUUCUCAGCACCAGCCAGAGCCUGACAGAGCUGGAACUGGCGGAUAACAAACUGGGGGAUUCAGGCCUGCGGCUGCUGUGUGAGGGACUGAAACACCCAGACUGCAAACUGCAGAAACUAGUACUGGGGUAUUGUGAUCUCACAGUUGCUUGUUGUGGGGAUCUGUCCUCUGUUCUCAGCACCAGCCUGACCCUGACAGAGCUCGGCGUAAGGUGGAACAACCUAGGAGAUUCAGGAGUGCAGCUGCUGUGUGAAGGAUUAAAACAUCCAAACUGCAAAUUACAGAAACUGCAACUGAGUGGUUGCCAUUUCACAGCUGCUUGUUGUGAGGAUCUCGCCUCUGCUCUCAGCACCAACCAGAAGCUGACAGAGCUGAUCCUGGGAGAGAAAACAAUGGACAACUCAGGUGUGAAACAGUUGUGUGAAGGACUGAAACACCCAAACUGCAAACUGCAGAAACUGGGCUUGAGCAGUGUCAAUGUAAAUGAAGAGACACAGAGAGAGCUAGAUGCUGUGAAAAAGAGGAAACCUGAUAUGGUCAUACAUAUAUGGAAGAAUUGGUGAGCAGGAGCCAUUGCACCGACACUGCUCUGGCCUGCCUGUCGGCCUGCUAGCUGGGACAGCAGCUAGGGACAGGACCUGCCUCUUUUAAGGCAUCUCUGGCAUCACCAAGGACUCCGGAUGCAUAUUCUCCUGCUGGUGUUAAGAGUGAGAACCUCACACUGUGGGGAAAAUACGCUCCCGUUUUGUGAGGUUGUUGAAUUUACACAUUCAGCCUCCACAGGCGCAGGACUGGAAGAGACUGUCAGGUCUGUGAGAACCAAAGGCUUAUUAUGUGGAGCUGGUUAGGCUUUUUAGGUUCACCCACUGAUAUCUGCCCACAUCCUCAAGGUUGUAGA